AUGGCCCCGUCUCCGGCGCCCGCUCCCAGUAUCAUGUCCACGCUCGUCGCCGGCGACGGCGCCCCCAGCCGAGCCCCAUUCGCCUCCACGCACGUCACUCCCGGCUCGACCACGCCCACGCCCGCCUCUGCCUGUGACGGACGUAGCCGUUCCUACACGGUGCCGUCUGCCCGGACCCGAUUGCGGGUGCCACCACCGCUGCCGAUCGUGCCUGUCCCGAAGCCCGCUCGCCCGCCGCUGAAUUUCGAGCCCCGCGGUGUUCGCGAGCUGCUGGACAGCUUCUUUAGCCAUGUCCACGUUGAGAAUCCAAUCUUCGACAAGACCAGCACUCGGAGUCUAGUUCAGUCUGUCGUGCUAAACGGCAUCGACUGGACGGCCGAGUCGUGUCUCGCUCCGCUGAUACUGGCCCCGGGUGCAGUGGCCACGCCGUUGGGGCCCAGCCACAGCACAAUGUCCGGAAGCGCAGCUUAUACAGAGGCCCAGUCGUAUUUCCAUGCGGCCCAAAAGCGACUCGGCGUCGUCACAACGUCGGACCACACCAUCGCACCUCAGUGCUUAUUUCCGGCAGGCGUCUAUUUGAUGUGCAGUUUCCAACCGCGCGAGGCCUGGCGCUGCUUCCUGCAGGCCUUGGCCGGCUGCCAGCACUUUGCCUUUCUUAGCCCCGGAUCCCAGCGGGAGUACCACAAUGCGCUGGCUGAGGAUCGGCACUACCACACCACCGCUGAGAGGCUCCAGCAGGCCAUUUACUGGUCGGCAUGGAAGUCUGAACGCGCGGGAAGGUCCCUCUUCCCGCGCCUGCAGGACUUUAGCACCGAAGACCACAACUCUGGGACGGCCACGACCUUGUAUCCUUCUUUUUUCCCAACCCCACCAGGGCCGAGGGUGGACACACACAUGCAUUCCGUGCAUUCCGGGACCAGCAGGGUGGGUGUCAUGACGAUUUCGCUGCGCCACCUGUGCGCACGCAUCGGGGCCGAGCUGCUGGAGCUACGAGAGAAGCACGCGUCCAGUCAACCGGGCUUCCUGGCAGCUGUAGCCGCCAACAUUCCCUCGUACGAAGAACAGACGCUGGACUGGAUUCGGUCGCUUCCUCCUUGCCUGUCUUUUGACGCCGCGCCGGAGAAGGACGACAUAUGUCGUUUUGCUCUCAGGGGCCAGGCUCUUAACAUCUACGAGAUGAUAUACUGGCCCUUUCUCUCGACCAUUCUGGGUGGAGAUGGCGUGUCAACACACGGCUACUUUAAUGGCAGAGACCAGGCAGGCCUUCACCGGCAGCUCGCGCAAAAAGGGCUGGACUACCACCUGUAUCGACUGGUAGUGAACAAGCCUGGGUACCAGCACCGGCACCACGGCACGCUGUACAUGAUGCACUCGUGCUACCGCAGUUCCCUGAUCCUCGUCGCAGCCGCGAUAGGGUGCGCGCCCGGGGGUGAAGACGGAGGCGAUGGGUCGAGGUUCAGCUUGUCAGUGCCGCCCGGGCGGCAUCAAUCAGUCGGCGAGGUGCUGUCUCUGCUAGCCAUCUGGAGUACGGAAACAAGCGAGUUCGACCAGGUACGCAGCGUCCUGGAGGCGGGGCCGGGUUACACGCUGGCGACGCUUAACUUCCUCCAAACACGCACCAUGGCAGCACCGACAAACCCGCAGCUUACAAUGCUGCGCGUCAGCGGCACCAAGAUUGUCAACCCCCAGGGCGAGAGCGUGCUACUCGAGCGCUGCGUCAAGAGGGACGAGCUAAACCAGAUGCUAAGGGAGGACGUUUAG